CAGACGACGAGGGAGAACAAGCGAUAUGAAAGUCGACAUUCACACUCACAUUUUGCCAGAAAAUUGGCCAGAUUUGAAAGAGCGCUAUGGCUACGGAGGGUUUAUCCAACUGGAGCAUCACUGUGCAGGGAAGGCCAGGAUGAUGAAGGAUGGGAAGCUGUUCCGUGUGAUUGAUGACAACUGCUGGUCUCCGGAAUCUCGCAUCAAGGAGAUGGAUGCUACAGGAGUUGAUGUUCAAGCUCUGUCCACUGUGCCCGUCAUGUUCAGCUACUGGGCAAAGCCAGAAGACACUCUUGACCUGUGUAAGAUCCUCAAUGACGGAAUAGCUGACAUCGUCAAGAAGUAUCCGAAGAGGUUUACAGGGCUGGCAACAGUGCCCAUGCAGGCGCCUGAGUUGGCAGUACAGGAACUGAUCCGUUGUAGGAAAGAGUUAGGUUUUCGUGGUGUUCAGAUUGGAUCCCAUGUCAAUGACUGGAACCUAGAUGCUCCCGAGUUGCAGCCAGUAUUUGCUGCAGCUGAAGAACAUGACUGUUCUAUCUUUGUACAUCCCUGGGACAUGGAGCAGGGUGGACGGAUGAGCAAGUACUGGUUACCGUGGCUUGUAGGAAUGCCAGCGGAGACAACGACAGCCAUCUGUGCCAUGCUGUUUGGUGGAGUGCUGGAGCGGUUUCCAAAGCUCAAAGUCUGCUUUGCUCAUGGAGGUGGAGCCUUUCCCUAUACAGUGGGCAGGAUAGAGCAUGGUUUCAAUGUCCGACCAGAUCUGUGUGCCACCGAAAACAAUGUCAACCCUCGCAAGUAUCUGGGGAAGUUCUACACAGAUACCCUGGUUCAUGAUGCACGGGCCCUGGAGCUCCUGGUUGAUGUUAUGGGCAAGGAGAGAGUGUUGCUUGGGAGUGACUACCCAUUCCCCCUGGGAGAACACCACCCAGGCAAGCUGGUGGAGUCCAUGGACGGAUUUGAUGCAAGUCUAAAGGAUAACUUGCUGGCUGGCAAUGCAUUGGAAUUCCUUGGCCUGGAGAGGUCCAAGUUUCAGUGAAGAAUCACAGGAUCUGCAUCAUAGUACUUCUAGUCUACCCAAGAAUUCAUGAUAAUCCAACAUAUGAAAGCCCAAACACUGUCUGAUAUCUAAUACCAAACGCUGGUAUUAGUCUGGUAUGGAUUCAGUGAUAUACAGGCUGCUAUAUGAUAUAGCUUACUGUGGUAUAGACCUAAAGAUAACAGUUGAAUCAAGACAGAAAUUGACAAAUCAAUUGUACCUUCAACUAAGAUCAUUAUCAACAGUGACAGUGCUGGAUGAUAAUACAAUCAGUCUUCAACACUGCCACACAAUUGGGCAAUUAUAUUCACAAAUUUGAAUGUAAGUUUUGUAAAUCUGAUUUAAAAUGAAACAAGAAAGCUCUAGUCAUUUGAGGUGACGCAAUAAGCUGUGCAGAGUUGCGUCCCUUUCAUCACCCAAGAAAUCCUUGUUGCCAUGGUAUUUUCAUGUGAUUAUAUGGUACAGGUAAAAGACCUCCUAUAUCAAGCUGCGAUUUAUCGUAUAA